UUUAUAUUGGAUUUUAAAUCACUAUUUUUACCGCUUCACCCACAAUUAUUAUGAUGCUUCUCACCUACGCUCAGAAGUCUCGCUCAUGAGUGUCCCUAUCUUUUUUUAGAUUUCAGCGAACGAAUAAUCGAAUGAGUCGGAAGAACCCAGUACCGUUGUGUUAGGCGCGCGCACUACAGUGCGCUGCCAUAGAUAACAAAAUGUGUCAGUGAUAGAUGUCAAAAUGUUGCAAGAUUUUCGUUAGAAGGUUGUGCAAUUACUUUUAAAGGGAGCGAGAAAAGGAAGGAAGAAGUGCGGGCCCGCCAUUACGAGGCCGGGCCCGCCGCUGGUACUUUAAACGUACAUCUUAAACUUCAACGUCACAUAGAUAUAUAGUGAGGGGUUAAGCAAAAAUGGAGCAGUUUGAAUCACUGCUGACGUGCUGUGUUUGCUUGGACCGGUACAGAAACCCAAAGCUGCUACCAUGUCAGCACAGUUUCUGUAUGGAACCCUGUAUGGACGGCCUUGUCGACUAUGUCCGGCGACAGGUUAAAUGUCCAGAAUGUCGUGCAGAACAUCGUAUCCCUUAUCAAGGGGUACAAGGAUUCCCCACAAAUGUCACCUUGCAGAGAUUUUUGGAGCUGCAUGCCCAAAUCGCUGGGGAACUUCCGGAUCCCACGGCUGGGCAAGUUAUGGAGAGGUGUAAUGUUUGCUCAGAAAAAGCAUACUGUGCACCUUGCGCUCACUGCGAUAAAAAAGUCUGCGAAGAUUGCAAGUCUGCUCAUAUGGAAGUCCUUCGCAGAGAAAUUGCAAGAAUUAAUAAUCAAAUACGUCGAGGUGUAAAUAGGCUUCAAGAUAUUUUAGCUGUAGUAGAACGAAACACAGCGAAUUUGCAAACAAACUGUGGUGCAGUUGCUGGGGAAGUAGAUGAAAUACACAAGAGACUUGCGAAAGCUCUAAAAGACCGAACUGAUUUCUUACGAAAUGAAGUUGAUCGUUAUUUAGCUACUGAACUUAGAAACUUGACUCAUCUUAAAGAUAAUUUAGAGUUAGAAUUAAGCAAUAUUCAAAGCAAUUGUGAUCUCGCUGAUAAAUAUAUGAAUGAUGAUGUUGAAUGGGAAGACACAGAAUUAGUCGAUACCAAAGAAAUAUUCUUAAAAACAGUGGAGUUUCUCAGAAACUUUGAUUAUGAAGCUGGUGAUUAUAAUCGCAGGAUACGAUUUGUAAUGACUCAUGAUCCAAAUCAGCUUGUAAUGCAUGUUGCUAGUUAUGGUGAACUUAAUAUCACACAUUCAAAUGCGUACUCUACUGGAUUACAACAAAGUCAAGGUUUAACAAGAUCAAAGAGUGAUCAUCGCUUAGCAUCACAAUUUCGGCAGCAAGAAGAAGCUAAAGGAUACACAGAGAAUGAUGAACCGAUUUUGGGAGGGCGUAAGUUUGGUGAACGUCGUCCUCCACCUCCAGAAAAGCACACAAGAGAUUAUGGAGUGACAGAUGACUACAGUGGCUACGAAUCUGAACACAGACCAUCUCGAAGAUUUCGUUCUCGUUUCGUAAGAAGUCAUCAAACAGAUAAUGAUUCUGAUACUGAAACAUCAACUCGUGCAGUGAAAGCUGAACAAAAAGAAAAAGAAAAGGAAAAGGUCACUGAUACCGAAGAUGCAACUCGUGGUCCACUUAGUGGUAUAUUUAGACUGAGUGAUUGUCCUCGGGUAAUGCAAAGAAUAUUAGAUGUAGAUAGCGGUAAAAAAAAGGAAAAAAAGGAACCUCCCCCACCACCAAAACCAGUACAACCAACACCUCAACCUCGAAGCCGUCCACCUCCACCAGCUAGACAGCAGAGUGAAGAUGACGAAAUAUCCCGUCUUAAAAGACAAAACAAGGGUGCAGCUUCAUCUCAAGAACCUGAUCGUACUCCUCAAAGACCCGUUGAAGAAGAAAGGAGCUCAAUUAGUCAUAAACCACCAACUCCAGCCCGUGAGGCAUCCAGUGAUGGAGAAUCCGAUGAAUCUGUUGGAUCCCUGCAAAGAAAUCAGCGCAAGAAUACAGCUCCAACACCAAAACCCACCGCUGUAAGAAGGCCGUCAGCAUCCGAUACAUCUUCAGUACACCGUCCAGCAGCCCGUGCGCCUAGCACUGAAUCUAGUGCAUCGACAGAAAGUUCCGGCUCGGCGGUAAAACACACAGGUGCGAUACUAUCGAUCGCAGAAUUGAAAGCAAAAUAUAGCAAUGAUGGGCUGCCACCAAAACCGACCACACGUUUUUUGUCCGCAGGCAAUGAAAGACCAACACCGGUGACGACAAAUGGAACAACUGGCGGCGCACAACGGGUGCAAAGUCGUUUUAUUGGAUCCCAACGACCGACACCUGCCCCGGCGCCCGCCGAGCCGGCCCAUGAAGACUCCGACACGAGCUCCGAAGAGGAAACUGAUUCGUCAGAGGAGAGUGAAGAGGAGCCUGCUCCACAAAGGAAGCCCGAGAGUCAGGCGAUGGCUCGCAGUGAUAUAGGGCCGCUCCUAGCAAGAAGUAAUAAUGCUCGAAAUGACGCAAAUGAUAACAAAAAUAAAGAUACUCCGACUCAGUCACGUUACCGUACGCGACAAACCUCCCAAACAGAAGAGGAGCCUGCUCCUCGAUAUGGUGCCAGUGGUUCAUCUUACAGUCGCUAUGGUAGUAAACCAAAGGAUGACGAAAUGACAUCCUCUUUGGAUGACGAUUCAAAAUAUCCUACUGCUCGGUCAAGAUAUCUUGCUCUAAAAGAACGACGUAAUCGCCUUGCAAGAAGCAAGAGCAGUCACACAGGUUUCGGUGCGGGUGACGAUGAUGACCAAGACGAACCUGUUUCCCCUACUACCGCAUCCCCUUCAGCUUAUCUAGCGGCUCGAUACGGCUCCGGUACCGGUGGUUCGGAGCUGUCUCGAAGCCGAUCUUCUCAUGCGCUCAAAUCGAGAGAAAGCUCUCCUGAACGUCCGGUAACCGGCGAAAAGGACGGAGCGGCCUUAAGUUCUUGGGCGAGAUACUUGAAAAACAAGUAUGGCUCGCGUGGUAAAGAUCGCGAUUCGGGCAGUACAUCUUCGAGCGCAUCCCGUCGCUUGUCUCUCGGGUUGCCCUUACGCUCAGCUAACGAGCUUGCCAGUUCUGAUGACGAUUCAAAAAACGCGGCAGGCUCCCCCAUCUCCCCUACGGCGGCUACAGCAGCGGUAGCAGGUUUCGCAGCAGCAGGUUCCUCCCCUAGGAGCCAGUAUCUGCAGAAACGCCGUUUACAAUUCAGUGUGGGGAGCCGGGGGAGCGAACCCGGUUAUUUUACUUGGCCUCGUGGCAUCGCUGUUGGUCCCGACAAUAUAAUGGUCGUGGCUGAUUCAUCCAACCAUAGAGUACAGGUGUUCGAUUCUAACGGAAUAUUCGUGAAAGAAUUCGGUCAAUACGGUAGCGGAGAGGGUGAAUUCGACUGUCUCGCAGGCGUAGCCGUAAACCGAAUCGGGCAGUACAUCAUCGCUGAUCGAUAUAACCAUCGCAUACAGGUAUUUGAUCCAGCCGGUCGCUUCCUAAGAUCCUUCGGCAGCCAGGGCACUGGUGAUGGAAAAUUCAACUACCCAUGGGGAAUUACCACAGACGCCCUCGGAUUUAUAUACGUGUGUGACAAGGAAAACCAUAGAGUACAGGUGUUCCAAUCCGAUGGCACGUUUGUGGGUAAAUUCGGAAGUUUCGGAUCCAAACUUGGACAGCUGGAACAUCCCCAUUACAUAGCGGUAUCCAGCACUAAUCGUGUGCUGGUAUCUGACUCCAAUAAUCACAGGAUCCAAGUCUUCGAUGUGAAUGGAAGAGUUCUUUCUUCAUUUGGUGAAGAAGGCUCUGAAGAUGGACAAUUUAAGUUCCCAAGGGGAGUUGCCGUUGACGAUCAAGGUUACAUCGUCGUCGCUGACUCCGGUAACAACAGGAUCCAAAUCUUCCAUCCUGAUGGAACCUUCCUCAGGGCUUUCGGGUCUUGGGGAUCUGGAGAUGGGGAGUUCAAGGGUCUGGAGGGUAUCGCUGUUAUGUCAGGUGGCAACAUAAUCGUUUGCGAUCGAGAGAAUCACCGUGUACAGGUUUUUUAAAGAUUUCCUGAAGAAAUCAACACUGACGAACAAAAACUAAGAGAUUAAUUGAGUAUAUUAUAAUGUACAUAACUUCACCUCGUCAUUGACCUCGCAUAAAAAAAUGUCAAUUAUUAUAAUAUAAAUAAAUAAUAUGACGUGUAAUUUUUAAUGCGCGAAAAUUAAGUCUUUUGACAGUAAGAUUAAAAAAAUAAUACAGUGUCGUUCUAUUUUGUUUAUAUUUCAUCUCUCUUCAUUCAUAUGUCCCGCAUCAUUUACGCUGUUUUAUGUAUUUUGUAAAUUUUCUUAAGUAAUUUACGUUGAUUUUGUAAUUAAAAAAAAAACUCAUCCAUAUAAUAUUCUUUGAUUAUUUAUAUAUCAAGAUUUAUAUGUCGCACUAUAAAAUAACUUAUCGUAACACAAACGAGUCUUUACUGUCUUGGUGUGUGUUAAAGCUACGCUUGACACUUGCCAAUCGUUAUACCUCUUUACUAGUGUGCGUAUAAUUAGUCGACUCGUUUUACGCUUUCAAAGUCUAUGAAGACAUAAAUAAUCAAGGAUAAUGUAAUUAUAUUGAGUACAAUCGAAAAAUACAGUAUAUAAGUACAGUUAAAAUAAUUAUCUUUGUUAUGCAAUCACGAAAAAUUAUUUAUAUUUAUAACGAGAAUGUAAUUAAUUAAAAUUAAUUAACGAUUUAAAACGAUAUGGAAGCAUUUAUUAUUCGAUUCUUGAUGAUUCUUUUUGCUAGUAACAUUCGCUACAAUUUUCAAUUUUGAUUACUAAAAAUUUAUAAAUAGAAUUCGAAGCUAGUAUUUAAGUUUUUUUUUUUAAUUUCAUUAAUAUUUACAAUACAUAAUCUUUACUGACUAUACUGUGCUAUGAAAAUCGAUUUUCAAAUCGAUAUGAAUAAUUAUUUUAAACGAUUGAUAUUAGUGUAAUAAUACUUUCUAGUCAGAUUUAAUCAUCAUCAUAGUAUUUUACGCCAAAUUCUAUUGCCAAAAAAUGAUAUUUAUUUAAAUAAACAGUCGUUUUUCGAUAUAUAAUUUUAUGUAACUGAGUUCUUAAUAUUACAUCAGCUUUUUAUUAAAAGUUAAAAGCAUAAUGAGUAAUCGUUUUAAUGUAUUCGUAACAGAUUAAAUAUAUUGACGUUAUUAAGUACAUUUUGUAUGGCUUUCAAGUUUAAAUAAAAAAUAUUUGUUAAUGACAAA